ACUGUACUGGAAACUGGAGGAGGACUGGGAUCUCUCGUAUGGCGACGGGAGACUCAUGUCGACGGAGGAACGUGGUUUGGAAUAGACAGAGGAGUAUCUGGUUGGGAUGGACAAUGCCUUACCAUCUCCCUCGAAGAGGAAUCUGAGGGGAAGAGAGAGAGAGAGGCGAGGUAAAUCCAGAGACAACUACAGUGAGCUUGCUAUAUCACCAAUGGGAUAAUA